AUGACCCCUCUCGCUUCCUUGGUCCUGCUUGAGAGUACCGUCCAUGAUUUGACAGUCCACCGUGCAACUCCUGAGGAUAUUCUGCGUCGCCAUGAAAUACACAAAUCAAAAAACAAAGCACUGGCGCAUCUGGAACUGCAAGAGAGAGCACUGAAAAGAAAAUGGAAGAAGCAAAAACAACCGGCUGCUGAUUCCUUGGAGAAAAGGAAAUUGACUCUGAUGCGUGAGAUUCUGUCUGAUCAAUACCAUUUGCAAGAUGUAUUGGAACGAUCUGAUCAGGUUAUGGCUGUGGCAAAAGACUUGUUUGGGGAUGUUCCUCGCACGCGAACAGGUUUCCCUAAUGUAACAAUGGCUCCUAACUGUGACCUAGAAUCAUCUCAAGGACCCAUUGUACAAAAAUGUGAUCCUCCCACUCAGCUUUCCAUCCUCAGUGAAUCUGUCAUGGAUUCCCAGGCAUAUGACACUCCCGGAAAUCAGCUUACUGAUGAAGACCAAAAGGGCUGUGGGAGUGAAACCCUUAAUGAAGUUGAAGAGGAAGCAUUAUCAAUCUAUCAAUCAGAAGAUGGACACCAUGACUCUUUGAAUUUCAAAUCCAGCAUCAAUUCUGACAGCUCAGUACAAAUAUAUCCAUUCAGGCUACUUCGGUUAUUGAGAGAAGAAAAUUCCUUGGUGAAUUCUCAGUUGUGGGCUGAAAAGGAUAUGAGAAAAGCUACCUUGUCACAGGAAUCAAAUGUGCCUUUGACUCCAACAACUGUUUCUCCAUCACUGGAUCAGUCAGCCCUCAAUGCUACCGAUGUAGUCAAGAGAAUCCAUUCAAGACCUCAGAAUGAAGGUGAAGAAGAGACUGCAGAUUCCGCUUACACUGUGAGACAAGUGCUGAACCCGAAGUCAAGGAAUCAAAAGCAAAUUGCAGCAAAAAUGAAAAGAAAACAAACUGCACAGAACUCUGCAAGACAGAAGAGAGAUGAUUCUCCAGCUAAUUCAGUCCCCAUUGACCUUCGGAGGGACAACAAAUCCAGCCUAGAUGUUCUCAACCACAUGAUACGUGAACUGGAGCAUGAAUUGGAGGAAUAUGAGCGAUGUACAGGUCGUGAGGUUCAAAAAACUGAGAGAAGUGAAGGCCUCACCGGGUUUACCUUGUCACUGGUGAACGCUCUCUGUCGUUUGAUGCGCUACCUCAAAGAGAGUGAAAUGCAGCUGCGUGAGAAAGAGGUGAUGAGGCAGCAGCAUGAGGAGAUGUUGAAUGAACACAGAGAACUGAUUGAUGCUCUGACUGCAGAAAUACUUCUGGUGAGGGAAGAAAAUGUUACUAUGCAGAAGAAGCUUCAGCAGUACAUGACGGUAACAGAUAAACAGCUGAUCUCUCUCACACAAGCAUUUAAAGGCCUCCCUUUGGUAGAACCUAGAAGAGAACAAAGUCCAAACCAUUUUGGAACUGCAAGCAAAGGUCCAGUGAAUGGCCAAGAAAAAACUGAUUUGAGCUAUUCUGAGCCCAGGACUGAUGCAGGCAACAAGGAGAAUAUGCUGAAAUUCCCACAGGAAGAACUUCCUUUCAAGUUUCCCCCGAGGCCAGGUGCCUCAGGUGGUGCGGGAUCAGGUAGAAGCUUGCCAGCUCACGUUUUCCAGCCAGCUGUACUGUUGUCACCACCUCGCCAGAAGAGCAGUCAGGAAUUGUCUGCCCUCCACAAUGUGUUUACAGCCAUUUCUCAGUCACCUGAAAACACUGAAAGAGAGCCAUGCAAGGAAAGGAGCUCACCUUCCUCCCUGAGAACACAGAGCAUAACUGAAGAAAACUGUGUCAUCUCUCAAAGGCAACCAAUUCCUCCUGCAGACAAAGACUUGGAGAGUUCCCACGAGAAAAUCAGUCUGUCCUGCCCAGGUGACACUAGAAAAAACAGCACAGCUGAAGAAUUAUUUCAAAAUGGUGAUCUGCUGGGACAGAUAGCUGAGCUCACACGGCAGAACUCUCUAAUUAAAGCUCAGCUGAGCAAAUUUAGGGGCUUCUCUGAAGACACAAGUGACUGCCUACAUCAGCCAGACCCAAUAGGAAAUGCAAAUUCUGGUCCAGACUUUUCACAAGGACAGACUCAUCUUGUGGUAUCGAAGAGCUUGGAGGAAAGAAUAGCAGAGCUGAAUCGUCAGAGUGCAGAAGCACGUGAUAAACUGUUGCAGCUAAUAGACCAGCAGAAAUUAGCUGCUGCCGAUAUGGUCCCCCCGAUGAUAUCUUCUGUUCUGCCCCCAUCCCUAAAUUAUACUGAAAAUGCAAGAAGGACAAUUGAAGUAUCUAUUCCCGUGGCAGUUGCUAUGGACAGCUCCAAAGAAGACAGUGUUUCCCCUGCCAGUAUGACCAGUAUAAGAAGGUCUGUAGGAGACUCUAGCAAACCUUGUUCACCCCUGAGUGCCACGUCAGAAAGUGUGCAAUUAACUCCUGUCAGCCAAAGACCAAAGGUGGAAAAGCAGAAAGAAGAAGGCUGGUUUGCAUUGUCAAUGCACAUUAUGUAAAGGAAUCUGCGCUCAAGUCCUGUAUUUUUUU